UAUUAUUUUUAUGUUUGGAUUGGGUCAAACGAAAACAUCCAGCCUAUCUUCCGAAAUCAGGAAAGUCUCUUUCUUUAUCGUUGGCUUUGCCUCCUCUCCACUCAGCUUCUGCUCUCUUCCAUUAUCAUGGCAGGCUCAGCCAAUGAUCGUCUUGCUUUUGGAAAGAUGGGUUAUGGAUGUAAGCAUUAUAGGAGGAGAUGCAGGAUUCGAGCUCCCUGUUGCAAUGAGAUCUUUGAUUGUCGUCAUUGUCACAACGAGGCUGCGAGCAUGCUGAAAAGCCCCUAUGAUCGGCACGAAAUUGUACGGCAGGAUGUUAAGCAAGUUGUUUGUUCUGUCUGUGAUACGGAGCAGCCGGUUGUUCAAGUUUGUACGAACUGUGGCGUCAAUAUGGGCGAAUAUUUCUGUGAAACUUGCAAGUUCUAUGAUGAUAAUACUGACAAAGGGCAGUUUCAUUGUGAUGACUGUGGAAUCUGCAGGGUGGGUGGUCGUGAGAAUUUCUUUCACUGCAAGAAAUGUGGGUCUUGCUAUGCUAUAGAUUUGCGGGAUAAUCAUUUGUGUGUAGAAAAUUCCAUGAGGCACCAUUGCCCCAUAUGUUUUGAGUACCUUUUUGACUCCCUGAAAGAUACGAUUGUCAUGAAAUGCGGGCACACAAUGCAUUUUGAAUGCUACCAAGAAAUGAUAAAGCGUGAUAAAUACUGUUGUCCUAUAUGCUCAAAGUCAGUAAUUGAUAUGUCUAGAAUCUGGAAGAGAAUAGACGAGGAGAUACAAGCAACUGUAAUGCCUGAGGACUACCGAUACAAAAAGGUUUGGAUCCUAUGCAAUGACUGUAAUGACACAACUGAAGUUUACUUCCACAUAAUUGGCCAGAAAUGUAGUCAUUGUGAAUCAUACAAUACCCGCACAAUUGCUCCUCCUGUUCUGCCUCAGUGACGAGAUUAUGUUCUACCAAUACAUCCAGCCAUUUAAGCGAUUGAAAGCUUGCACCCUGAGCAUUAAACAACAGGGUGGUUUUUAUUACAUGGUCAAUCACUUUCAGUUAUAUUCCUUCAUAUAUGUAUGAUAACAUACUAUCGUUUCAAAGGAUUUCAGCAUUUGUUGUGUGCACCAGAAGACUCUUCUGAGGUCAUUCUUCCUCCAAUUUAUGGAGUUAAACCCUGCGAACGGGUCCAUGAGUUGAUGUAAGGGGACCUAGUUCUUGUGUCAUCGACAACCAACAGUUGUCUCAACUGGUCAUUUUAUCAUCCACUGUAUUGUACUUGAUAUUUGCCUCAGAUUUACAUUCCAACAUAUAAUAUAUAAUGUUUAUGUCAA